AUGGGAGCGGAGGGAGUAUACUCAGGAAUGGUACAACUAGGAAGGAUGUUCGUGAAUACUUUUGGGAAGUAUAAAAACUGCGAAUGCGGCAUGGUGAUCCUGUGGCACGGGAAGUACUACCCGAUCCCUCUGACCAAAGUUUCAGUCGAUGUCACCUGGUUGGAUGCCUGCAUCAAAGUCACCCUCACUCAAACAUACAGGAACGAGGAGAACCAGCCAGUGGAGACUCAAUAUGUAUUCCCCAUGGACGACAGAGCCGCAAUAUGCGGAUUUCAGGCAGAGAUAGAGGGGAGGAAAAUUCAGGGACAAGUGAGGAAGAAGGAAGAAGCAAGGCAUAUCUACGAAGAGUCGGUGAAACAGGGACAGACUGCAUUUCUUGUCGAGGAGACCAAACUAGAUAUAUUUCAGGCCAAAAUCGGGAAUCUCCCAGCCGGGAGCGUCGCAACGAUCACACUAACCUAUGUGACAGAGGCAGCAGCAGAGGGAAAUGCACUGCGAUUUUUUCUACCGACUACUAUUGCUCCGAGGUAUAUACCACAAGGUGAUACAAGCGAAGCGGCCAAAGUCAUCUGUGGCAUCGAUUACUCCAUCUUCUCACCGUACCCCUUAGAAAUCCAAGUCCAUAUUGAAACGGAUCAGAAAGUUCUGUCCAUCAACAGUCCCACACAUAAAAUCAACAUCCCCUCAAAAAAUGAGGUUUUUCUUGGAGGAAAGUACUUCAAGACAGAAGCAAAACUCCAAGGAGCUUCGACCGAUAUGGACAGAGAUUUCGUUUUGCUUCUUGAGACAGAAGAACUUCAUAAGCCAAGAUUGACUUUAGAGAAGAGUCUUGAUUCCACUGUGGCAGCAAGGGUCACAUUAGUUCCAAGUUUCAAACUGCCCCCAUUAAAGUGUGAUUUCAUAUUUGUGAUUGACCGUAGUGGAUCAAUGGGUGGGGAAAAGAUGGAGAAGGCGAAAGAUGCAUUGCAGCUGUUCCUA